GUUCCAUAAUAAAUGUCAGUUAGCAUCCGACGCGUGUUUUAUUACUCAGCACUGGCGACGAGUGAAAACAAAUAUCGAUUUUAAUCAGCUAAUCUAUGUCCGUAAAACUAGUUUUUUUGUGUUUAAUCAGUAAAUUUAGUGUUGUGAUUCGAACAAAAGAUUAAAUUUACGGGAUACAACAUGCCGAUCGGCAAAAUCGAACCUUUCGAUUUAACCUCGAAACAAUGGCCGGCUUACAUACGACGGGUCAAGCAAUUUAUUGUCCUAAAUGAGAUUAGAGAUGAACUUCAGGUGCCGAUGUUAAUUACUGUGGUAGGUGAAGCGACAUAUGCGUUGAUGUGUGACCUGUGUGCGCCGGACCACCCAGAGAAUAAGUCUUUCGAUACCCUUACCGAGCUGGUCACAAACCAUCUGGAGCCGCAACGUUCCGAGAUAGCCGAGAGACAUGUUUUUCGACAAAGACGGCAGCGACCAGACGAAAGCUUGACUGAAUAUUUGCAGCACCUGAAGCAUUUAGCAGUCACGUGUAAUUUCGGUACAAGAUUAGAAGAGGACCUCCGAGAUCAAUUUGUCUCGGGUUUAGCGAGUGACGUCAUGCGAUCUCGAAUAUUUGCCGAAAAAAGUUUGGACUACAAAAAGGCAGUGGAGCUAGCUCUGGCAUUAGAGGCGGCCGAGAGGCACGCGGGGGUAAGCGGCGGCGAGAUGCCAGCGAGCGCCGGGCAGGCGGGCGAGGGCCUGCAUGCGGCGCGCAGCCAGCGGACGCGCGCGCUGCGCCCGGGCGGCGGCGACGCAGGCGCGGCAUGCGACGGCGCUGGCGCAAGCGGCGGCGGCGGCGGCGGCGCGAGCGGCGGCGGCGGCGGCGGCGCGGCGAGCGCUGCGGCGGCGGCUUGCUGGCGCUGCGGCCGCAGGCAUCGCGGGCGGUGCCGGUUCGCUAAUUAUACCUGCGACGAGUGCCACCAGCGCGGGCACAUCAAGGUCAUGUGCAAAAGUGUGCGUAAAAGUGAGGUGAAGUGUCAAAGUUUUAUCAGUGAGAGUUCGGAUGAGGACUUUUUUAAUAUUGACAUUAUUACUCAAGGUAACAAGCCAUAUUAUUUAAAAGUAAAGGUAGAAGAUAGUUUUUUAGAAGUCGAAAUCGACACGGGUAGCCGAAUAUCGGCCAUUAACGAAGAAUGUUACGAGAAACUAUUUAAACAUAAAGAGAUUGUGAAAGAUAAUUUAAUUUUGCGCAGUUACUCGGGGUCACGUAUUGAUUCCCUCGGAUAUAUAUUAGUACGGGUACAACUUAAGUCGGUUAUUAGUAAAGAUUUGCGGUUGUAUAUUAUUCAAGGCGGUAAUAGGCCUUUGCUCGGUAGGGACUGGCUCCGCGCUUUAAAGAUAACGCAAAUAAAUAUUAACGAAAUAAUAGAGGAGGAUCAAUUUGUGACCCGUUUGUCCAAGGAAUUUCCAGAGGUAUUUAGUGAGAAGCGGGGAACUUGUAACCGAAAGCUACAAUUACAGCUCACAGAUAGUACCGGAGUGUAUGUACGGGCGCGCGCUGUACCGCUGGCGCUUCGCGAACGCGUCGAAAGGGAACUCGCACGGCUCGAGUCCGACGGUACGAUUUACCGCGUCGAUCAUUCCGAUUUUGGUACACCGAUCGUGCCGGUAGUCAAAAGUAAUGGAGAUAUCCGAAUUUGUGGGGAUUACAAAAUAACGAUUAAUCCUAAACUAAAAAGAGAUUACUAUCCAUUGCCUCGUAUUGACGAGUUAUUUACCAAUUUAAGCAAUGGCGAGGAAUAUAGUAAAAUUGACCUUCGCCACGCCUACGAGCAGGUCCUUCUAGAAGAAAGUUCUCAAAAGUAUACCGCAAUCACGACACAUAUCGGAACGUUUAUAUACCGCCGGACGCCGUACGGAUUAUCGUGCGUACCUGAAAAAUUCCAAAAGUUAAUGGAAGAGACCUUACGGGGGGUACCAGGUACGGUAGUUUUUCUCGAUGACAUAUGUGUGACGGGUCAGAAUAGACAGGCACAUCUGAACAAUCUGCGAGCUGUAUUGGAGCGAUUACGGCAGGCCGGCCUAACAGUUAAAUUAAACAAAUGUAAUUUUUUACAGAAAAAUGUAAACUAUCUGGGCUUUGUAAUAGAUAAGGAGGGCUUACACCCCGAUUCUGAGAAGCUGAAGGCGAUUCACGCAAUCCCAACGCCCAAAGAUGUGACGCAACUUAAAAGUUUUUUGGGCCUAAUUAAUUAUUACGGUAGAUUUAUCCCAAAUCUAAGUACAAUUUUGUAUCCGCUGCAUGCGCUGUUAAAAAGAAAAAAUCAAUGGAAUUGGGAUUUGCAUUGCGACACCGCCUUUAAAUCGGCCAAAAAGGCUUUGCUAGGCAAGCGUGUAUUGGCCCACUACGAGGAAGGGCGACCGCUCGUGCUAUCAGUAGACAGCAGUGCUUACGGAAUCGGGGCCGUGCUAGCCCAUCGCUACGAAGACGGACAGGAACGGCCUGUCAGCUGUGCGUCCCGCACACUUAACGAGGCUGAGAAAAAAUACAGUCAAUUAGAUAAAGAAGCUUUAGCAAUAUAUUUUGGUAUAACAAAACAUCAUCAGUUUUUAUUUGGUAGACAUUUCGUAUUAAAAACGGACCAUAAACCGUUAACGUUUAUAUUCGGUAAUAAUAAUGGUAUUCCCCAAACAGCGGCAAGUAGGUUACAGCGAUGGGCCGUGCGACUGGCGGGUUACGAUUUUUCGAUCGAGUUUGUACGAUCGAAAAACAAUGGGCCCGCAGACGCAUUAUCGCGUCUACCGAUUUUGCACGAGCAAUCGCGCACACACCCUGCCCAACAAGUAACUUAUACUAACUUACUUGAGGAAAUGCUACCGGUUAACUUUAAACAGAUUGCUAAUGAAUCUCAGAAAGAUUCCGUAUUAUGUAAAAUAAUAAAAUAUGUAAUGUUCGGUUGGCCGGCGUCUGUCGUUAGUAAUGAAGAGAAGGCAUAUUUUAUUCGUAAAAGCGAAAUUUGCGUGGAUUUGGGAUGCCUGAUGUAUAAGUACAGGGUGAUCAUCCCAUCGGGAUUAAGGAAAACAGUCCUGAGAGAACUACACGAGGGACACCUUGGGAUGAAUAAAAUGAAAAAUAUUUCGCGAAAUUAUGUAUAUUGGCCGAAUAUAGACAAUGACAUCGAAGAGCUAUGCCGCUCGUGCCCUGCUUGCCGGCACGUGCGGGAUGCACCAGCUCGCGCCCCCUUGCAUCCCUGGGAGUUUCCUCAGCAUCCGUGGCAACGUUUACACGCGGACUUCGCGGAUUGCGGUGGUAAGCGGUACCUCAUUAUAGUCGAUGCACACUCUAAGUGGAUAGAGGUUGUUGAGAUGUUAAAAACAACCGCUAGUGUGACAAUUAACUCUUUAAGAUCCGUUUUUGCGCGAUUUGGUCUCCCUUGCCAAUUAGUGACAGACAACGGCCCUCCCUUCCUCUCAGAGGAGUUCAAGACGUAUUGCCUUAAGAACUGUAUUAAACACACGACAUCAACACCCUAUCGACCUCAAGGAAAUGGUGAGGCGGAAAACGCGGUUAAGACGGUGAAGAAAAUAAUAAAGCGAGCUAAAUAUGAAAGGGAGGACAUAUCAGUGGCAUUAAACAGAUUUCUGUUCCAAUACCGAAAUUGUGAUCAUGCGACCACUAAGGUUUCACCCGCCGUGGCUUUACUAGGUCAUAGACUAAGGAGCAGGUUGGAUGCCUUGCGGCCAGACGUUACUUCAACUGUCCGCGAGGAACAGGAUAAGCAGAGAGCUAGGAGCACAGGGUGUAAUAGGGCAUUCGGCAUAGGCGAAGCGGUACUGGUACGCGAUUAUACCAAAAGAACGGGGAAAUGGUCUGAGGGUUUAAUUUCGGAGCAAACGGGGCCAGUAUCAUAUAAAGUCAAAGUGGGUAACGGAACGGAGUGGCGCAGACAUCAAGACCAGCUUGCUCCGCUUAAGAAUAAUAAUAAUAGGUAUUCCUUGUCUCGUGCUAGCCAACCGGAGGGGAAAAAUAGUACUAGCGGUGCCAAUGUCGAAAGCGACACCGAAACACCCAGUGUUGGUCAGCCAUCCCAGAUAAAGGAAGCAAAAGAGCAUUCCGAUCAUGAGGAUGCGCAGGAGGCAUCAGUUUCUGUGGAAUCGGUCCCUUUUCCGCUUCCUGUGGGAAACCCUCCAGUGCCGGGUGCUUCGGCGCGCGCUUUGAGAGCAUACGAACGUUAUAAUAACCUAAGUAAUAAUUAG